UAAAUAAUUGUUACUAUAGGAACUGGGAGAAUUUGUACUAACGAAGUAGGCAACAGCGAUUGUUUCUUUUGUCAUCCGUCGUCAAGCCGUGCGCCAUAUUGUUUUGUACACGUACGAAAGUGUGGAGUUUUAAUUUCAGGUGUUUGUAUAAAAAGUAGUCAAGAUUUCGUCGAAAAUGAAUUAUGGCAGGCCGCCGCCUAGGAUCGACGGAAUGGUGUCGUUAAAAGUGGAUAAUCUCACUUAUCGCACGACGCCAGAAGAUUUGCGUAGAGUUUUCGAACGAUGCGGCGAAGUCGGGGACAUCUACAUACCCAGGGACAGGUUUACGAGAGAAAGCAGAGGAUUUGCUUUUGUUAGGUUUUAUGAUAAAAGAGAUGCUGAAGACGCAUUAGACGCUAUGGACGGACGCAUGUUGGAUGGCAGGGAAUUGAGAGUCCAAAUGGCCAGAUACGGGAGACCCACAUCUCCACACAGAAGAUAUCGUGGAAGAAGGAGGUCACGUUCUCGUUCAAGGUAUUCUCGUUCACGUUCAAGGUCCAGGGGCAGGAGAAGCCGCAGCCGUUCACACACCAGGCGUUCGGUGAGCAGGAGCCGAUCCAGGUCGGACAGCAAGAGUUCUAGGGGCAGGUCGAGGUCUCCUUCGCGCAAAGAGGAGAAACGCUCCAAGUCGAAGUCGAACAGCAAAUCAAGGUCCAGGUCUAGGUCUUAGGUGUAGCAGGGUGCAGAGUUUGAGCGCUAACUGCAGUUUGUAGGCGCCCGCUCUAAAGCAGGCGCUGGCGGCUGUCAGAGCGAGAUAGAGAGUUGGCGGGGGAGAGAACGAGAGAGGUGGUGCGAGGGAGAGCGAGCGAGAGAGCAGUGGUUGCGGUGCUGUAUGCGGUGUAUUGCUGCGCUGCGCAUGAGCAGACACACACACCUGCCCCCUCCAGACUUGCACUCACAUUGUCCUGCCGAGAGCGGCGGCCGUGCAGACGGAGAGAGGGAGAUCGAGAUUCGGGAGAGUAGCGGGGUAGCGGAGGCGGCGACGACUGAUUGCAGAACGCGCACAAUGCGCCCACUCUGGGCAGACGUGGCCAGGGCAUCGCUAACGCGUACAUUACUCAACCAAAUUUAUUUUUCAUUUAUUAUUUUUUUAAUUAUGGGUUUAUACGGACGUUUCCGAGUUUUUAGUUUCCUAAAACACUUGAAUGUGUUGUGGUUAAUUGCGAAACGGGUCUAAUUUUUCACCGCCACAUCGUAAUUUUAUUGAUUUCAAUAUUUUAUUGCCAAAUUUAUUGUGAGUUGUAACAUUCACAUCAUUGUUAAGUGCACAUUUCUUCUGCAUAUAGAUACUUGCAAAGUUUUAAAGUAUUUCUAUAAUAUAAUAAUUUUCUUUAUAAAUUCAUUAUAAGCCUGUUGCGACUUACAUACAGGAAUAAUAUUCAUUAAUUUGAUUUUACUUCAAGGUUGAGGUAAUUAUUUCGAUUAUGUAAAAAUUAAUUUUAAAUGUUCAAAUUUUAUAGCAGAACAAACAUUUUAAUGAUAAUGGGCUUUUGGUUUUUAACGGAAAUAUUCACGUGAAAUAUGGUAUUUAUUUCAAUGGUUCAACCUGAUUUAUGAUGGGUUCUUAAUGUCUCAAAUUAUUAUUGUGACUGCGUGAGAUGGUACAUCAAACCAGGUAGAAUGUAACUUUUGUUUCUAGGUAUGACCGAGGUAGGUAUGUUUUAAUAUUUUUUAUGUUUUUUUUUUUUCAUUUUCGGUUUAUUAACAUAGAAUAUUUAUUUUUCAGAUAGUCAUUCAAUAAACAAUUAG